ACAGAUCAAUACAGUAGAUAAAGCACAGUACGAUAAGAUAAGAGGAAGAGUAGCAGUACUGAUGGCUACUCUUAGAGCAGAGCAGGCUGUGUCCCGUGAGCGUGCUACUCAAGUUAACGAGCUGAUGGGGAUUAAGACAGGACUAGAAACUCAGCUCUCCACUCUCCAGUCCGCUCUAAAAUCAGACAACUCUCAUCUUCUCAAACAGCUGGCUCAACAGCACCAACAGGACCAGGAUACGCGUGAUGAGCUAGUGAGAUACUACAAGUCUGCUGAGCAGGAACUGGUGAGGAGACUAGAUCACGUGGUAAAUGAGCACUCCCAGUGUCACAACAUGAGACGUAAAGUACAGUCUCUCAAACAACAGCUCGCUGUUGAAAAGACAGCUCAGAAUCCAAACACUGAACUGGCACAGAAAGUUGAAACUUCAGCUGUUCAGAUCCAAUCUCUGGAGAAACAGGUUAAUAACCUAGAGCGAGCUAAUACGAAACUAGAAAGCUCCGCAACGAAGCUAAUGGAGGAGAACGCAGAUUUAGUUGAGAGACUGAACAAUACAGAACAUCAGAUACAUCUGGCGCUACAGGAAACUAUCAAGACGAAGUCUCAAAAAGUGGCGAUUUGUAAAGUUCUAGAAAAUGUGGUAAACGUCGUUACGACAGCAGCUUAACACGGACUACUAGUAACUACUAUUAAGUACUAGUAACUAUUAGUAACUACUAGUAAUUACUACUAGUAACUACUAGUAACCACAAAUAACUACUAGUAACUACUAACUACUAGUAACUAUUAGUAACUAUUAGUAACUAUUAGUAAUUACUACUAGUAACUACAAGUAACUACUAGUAACUACUAGUAACUACUAGUAACUACUAGUAACUACUAGUAACUACUAGUAACUACUAGUAACUACUAGUAACUACUAGUACACACCUUUAACCUUUAACCUUUAGUGAUGUUUAGAUAGGGUAUGUUUGAGACAUUUGAUAUAGAAAAUAGUUUAUUUUAAUAGUUUUAAUAGUAUAUCAGGUAUAGAGGGUUUAUUUUUAACUCUGGCUGACACUUGUUUCCUUGACAGAGCUGCUUAACCAAAAAUUUAUUUUGAUUUUUACGUUUAAUACGUUUUAUUGUAUUAUUUGAUAAUGUAUACAGAUGAAUUUGUAAUAAAUAAGUUAUUUUCUAACUUAUUUUCAUUAA